AUGGUUAAAGAAACAACCUGGGAUCCAGCACUAGCCCAAAUUGCAAAAACAUGGGCAAAAAACUGCCACUUUGAUCACAACCCACAGCUGAAGUCACAUAAGCUGCACCCAAACUUUGAUAAUCUAGGAGAAAAUAUUUGGACAGGGUCUCUGUCCCUGUUUUCAGUGUUCUCAGCCAUCUCAAACUGGUACAAUGAAAUUCAACACUAUGACUUCAAUACUCGGAGAUGUAAAGCCGUCUGCGGCCAUUACACCCAGGUUGUGUGGGCUGACAGUUACAAGGUUGGCUGUGCAGUUCAAUUUUGCCCCAGAGUUUCUGGCUUUGACACUCUUUACAAUGGAGCACAUUUUAUAUGUGACUAUGGACCAGGAGGAAAUUACCCAACAUGGCCAUAUAAAAGAGGAGCCACGUGCAGUGCCUGCCACACUAACAAUACGUGUUUGGACAAUCUCUGUGUUAAUCCACAGCGAGACAAAGUCACACGUUACUACUCCACUGUGUAUCCAAGCUGGCCCAUAUAUUCACGUAACAGAUACACAUCUCUCUUUCUUAUUGUUAAUCCACCAAUUAUACUACUGUCUGUUAUAAUUACCCUUUGGAUAAAACAUAAAUACCCUAAUUUAGUUCUUUUGGAGUAAUACAAUGGAGAACUUAUUAACCCAUUUAUACCCAAGACUGAAAUUUUUUAAAUUUUUGCAUGAAAUUCAUUACUAGGAAGAAUUUAAACAAGAAUUUGAAAACAUUUCAUUAUGUUCCAUUGUUAUGGGCAUUCUAAAAACAGAUUUCUAGGCACUGAAGGAUUAAUACGUGGCUUUUAAGAAAAACAUCUGGCUGUACUUUUAAUUUCUAAUUUAAAAUGUGUAAGAAUAAAAUAUGUUGCUGCAGUAAAGCCUUACUUAAAAGAAAAAUUCUUCAAAUGCCCAGCUCUCCAGGACAAGCUCGUCUUUCCCUUCCACUUUUCUUUGAAGCAUCAUUGUUUUUAGGUUGCCACCGGUGGAUUUCAGAAGUGAACUAGCUUGUGUCUUACCUUCCCCACCCAGAAAGCAAGCUAGACACAGGUGGGGUGGGGGACGGGGGGACAGGACAGGCCCACAGCACCCUUGCUGCAGCGGGUCACUGAAAGCUCUUAAAGGCUUGCUAUCACUGAUACAGGUGACUAACUCUGGUGUCUUCACUUGAAUUCAGCUCCAAUUCUUAGGCUCCUGACUUCUCCUGUUUUCUUGUAAUUUGAUGUAUUACUGCUAACUGCUUACCUUAACUGAGACUAGAAUUAUAACAAAGAGAUUUCAACAGCCUUGAUUUUCAGCUUAUGAGUUGUUUAUCUUGUAAUGAAAUACAACAUAGUAAGAAGGGAUAAGCCAAAAUUGUCACUUCUCACUAAGAGGAGAAAGAAAGCACUGAAAAUAUUUGCAUUUAUUUUCCUUAAAAUCAACUAGCAGGAUAUCAUUAAAGACUAACUGAGACCUUCAGACAUUCUUUGGAUCUAAUGCAUAAUUACAGUAAUCACAUUCACACCUAUAUAAAAAUUCAAAAUGAGAAAGUUACUCUUAAAAUCAUGUGUCAGUAAAACCUGCCUGGAACUUGUUAUACAAUAUACAUGACAUAUAUUGUAACACAAAAUUUCUUGUAACACAAAAUUUCUCAUAACACACAUGAAAAACAGAAUAAUUUAUAUUUAUAAAAAGUACUAUUGUUUUAUGAACAAAACUCAGAAA